AUGUGCAUGCAUCCUUUCCCCAUGUGCAUGCAUCCUUUCCCCAUGUGCAUGCAUCCUUUCCCCAUGUGCAUGCAUCCUUUCCCCAUGUGCAUGCAUCCUUUCCCCAUGUGCAUGCAUCCUUUCCCCAUGUGCAUGCAUCCUUUCCCCAUGUGCAUGCAUCCUUUCCCCAUGUGCAUGCAUCCUUUCCCCAUGUGCAUGCAUCCUUUCCCCAUGUGCAUGCAUCCUUUCCCCAUGUGCAUGCAUCCUUUCCCCAUGUGCAUGCAUCCUUUCCCCAUGUGCAUGCAUCCUUUCCCCAUGUGCAUGCAUCCUUUCCCCAUGUGCAUGCAUCCUUUCCCCAUGUGCAUGCAUCCUUUCCCCAUGUGCAUGCAUCCUUUCCCCAUGUGCAUGCAUCCUUUCCCCAUGUGCAUGCAUCCUUUCCCCAUGUGCAUGCAUCCUUUCCCCAUGUGCAUGCAUCCUUUCCCCAUGUGCAUGCAUCCUUUCCCCAUGUGCAUGCAUCCUUUCCCCAUGUGCAUGCAUCCUUUCCCAUGUGCAUGCAUCCUUUCCCCAUGUGCAUGCAUCCUUUCCCCAUGUGCAUGCAUCCUUUCCCCAUGUGCAUGCAUCCUUUCCCCAUGUGCAUGCAUCCUUUCCCCAUGUGCAUGCAUCCUUUCCCCAUGUGCAUGCAUCCUUUCCCCAUGUGCAUGCAUCCUUUCCCCAUGUGCAUGCAUCCUUUCCCCAUGUGCAUGCAUCCUUUCCCCAUGUGCAUGCAUCCUUUCCCCAUGUGCAUGCAUCCUUUCCCCAUGUGCAUGCAUCCUUUCCCCAUGUGCAUGCAUCCUUUCCCCAUGUGCAUGCAUCCUUUCCCCAUGUGCAUGCAUCCUUUCCCCAUGUGCAUGCAUCCUUUCCCCAUGUGCAUGCAUCCUUUCCCCAUGUGCAUGCAUCCUUUCCCCAUGUGCAUGCAUCCUUUCCCCAUGUGCAUGCAUCCUUUCCCCAUGUGCAUGCAUCCUUUCCCCAUGUGCAUGCAUCCUUUCCCCAUGUGCAUGCAUCCUUUCCCCAUGUGCAUGCAUCCUUUCCCCAUGUGCAUGCAUCCUUUCCCCAUGUGCAUGCAUCCUUUCCCCAUGUGCAUGCAUCCUUUCCCCAUGUGCAUGCAUCCUUUCCCCAUGUGCAUGCAUCCUUUCCCCAUGUGCAUGCAUCCUUUCCCCAUGUGCAUGCAUCCUUUCCCCAUGUGCAUGCAUCCUUUCCCCAUGUGCAUGCAUCCUUUCCCCAUGUGCAUGCAUCCUUUCCCCAUGUGCAUGCAUCCUUUCCCCAUGUGCAUGCAUCCUUUCCCACACAGCUGCCACUCCUACUGGCAGUCAAUCCGUCCAGUCUCCAACAACUGCGGACGGUGCUGCUGUUCCUGUUCCCACCGAUAGUGGUGCUUCUAGAGCUGCUGCUGAAGAAAGCAGUCAAGCAGGCUCACACAGGGUGGAUGGCAGGAAAAGACCUCACAAGCUACAGCUACAGCUACAGCUACAGCUACACGAGGGUGGGGAGGAGGUGACGGAGGAGGGAUGGGAGGGAGCGGUUGGGAAGGAAGGGGGAGAGGGGAAAGCACGAGAGGAGAGCAAGGAGGGAGAGGAAGAGUGGGAGGGGGAGGAAGAGGACGGGGAGGAGGAGGGAGGAGAGGAGGGGGAGGAGUUGGAGGCGGCUGUGGUGCGUGGCAUGGGGGAGGUGUGUGUACGGCAACUCAUGUUCCGGUACCUGCACACGGUGUUCGUGAGCGCUGCUGCUGUGGGCAGGCGAUGGCACACCAUGCAGGUUCAUCUGUACGCGGAGUUUCAGCCGUCGUUCCUUCUGUCCUUCCUGCGCCGCAGCUCCUUCUACUCCCUUGAUGCUUGCCUGCACUUCCCUUCCUUAUCCCCGUCCCCUUCCUCCCCCCUCCCUCCUCCCGACCCCUCGACCCUCUCCCUCAUCCCAUCCGCUCCUCCAUUUCCUCUCCACCUCCCCAAUUCCUCUGCCCCUCCUCCUCUCCGCCCCCUCGCACUCCCCUUGGCACCGGUGGUGCCAGGCGUACAGGGCGUGUCAGCAGAGGGGCUUACAGCACGCCAUGGUGCUGCUACAGCAGCGCAUGGGCAACCACCACGCUGCGCUCUCCCUCUGCCUGCACGCCCUGGGCGACGUUGA